AUGCGGCGAGUUCCGGAGGUGAGAACUGCAGAACUCACAGAUUUGGCCAACGUCUUCCACGAUUUUCCACCAAGCUUGCCAGACGUUUGGCAGAUCCUCUUGGACUUUGGCUUCAGCAUCGAUGUUCGGGAUGAAGAGGGACGUACAGCACUGCACCAUGUGGUGGGAAUGGUGGUGGACGACUACCAUGAAUGCACCUCUGGUGAUAUGAUUUUGCAAUACAGACUGCGAGCAGCCCAAGUUCUCAUUGAACACGGCGCUUCGGUCUAUGCUCGUGACAACGACCAGCGCACUCCGCUUCAGCUUGCUAGUUCAUCACCUGAGAUGAAGCGGUUGCUUUUGUCCGCAGCUGCACCAAAACCCACAAGCUCUGUUUGUUCAGUGUCUUGA